UUCUAUUUUGGAAAUUUUUUCAAGUUUAAAGUAAGAAUUUUUCUUAUUUCCAAAAUUUAACUUGCAAGUGAAGGACAACUUCUUCAUUGUAAAUGGAUAACCACAAGAAAGUCUCCAGUCCAAAGCAUAUAACUGGGACCCUGACGUUCCCUUUAUUGGCCGUUUCCCUACUCUCCUCCUUUGGGUCAUCUAUGCUUUAUGGCUACAACUUAGCAGUGGUGAAUUCCCCAUCAGAGCACAUAAAAGCAUUUUACAAUGCUACCUGGUUCCAGAGAUAUGGAGAAUCGCUUACCUCAAGUCCAUUAACAGUGUUAUAUUCCUUGACGGUGUCUGUAUUUGCACUUGGUGGAAUGCUGGGGUCCCUGCUUGUUGGUGUUCUUGUCUCCAGGUUUGGACGAAAAGGAACGUUAAUAAAAAGCUCCCCUCUGGUUUUCAUAGCUGGUGCUUUGAUGGGAUUUAGUCGUAUUUUAGAGUCCCCGGAAAUGGUGAUUAUUGGACGGUUUAUCACAGGCAUUCACUCAGGUAUCUCCCUCAGUGUGGUUCCCAUGUAUUUGGGAGAAAUUUCUCCGAAGAAUUUACGUGGCUGCUUAGGCUUGAUGCCAAGUAUUUUCAUUUGCCUUGGAGUAUUUAGCGCACAGGUACUUGGCCUUCCGGAGCUACUGGGUCAGGAUGAGACCUGGCCUCUGUUUCUCGCUUUGGUUGUGGUGCCCACAUUUAUUCAGGUCUCCAUGUUACCAUUUUUUCCAGAAAGUCCUCGCUACUUACUUAUUGACAAGAGCAAUAUUCACGCUACUAUUGCUGCUCUUCGUUGUUUCCGUGGAGAGUUUGAUGUCCAAGAUGUCAUUGAGGAAAUGCAGGAAGAGCAGAAUUCUCUAUUGUCUGUAAAGACCGUUUCUGUGUGUCAGCUCUUACUGGACCGCACAUUGUUCUGGCAGAUUCUAUCUGUUAUUGUAAUAAAUAUGGGAAUGCAGCUGUCUGGAAUUGAUGCAAUUUGGUUCUAUACUAACUCAAUAUUUGAGGAUGCCGGCGUCCCCUUGGCAGAGAUACCGUACACAACUGUGGGCACAGGUGCAAUUGAGAUAAUUGCAGGUUUGAUUGGGUGCUUUACAGUGGAGAAAUUGGGAAGACGGCCUCUUAUGAUUGGUGGAUUUAGUUUUAUGGGGUUUUGUUGUGCUGGAAUUACUGUAGCACUUGUAUUUCGGGCACGGAUCGCUUGGAUGCACUAUACUAGUGUGAUUUUUGUCAUUGGAAUCAUUGGCGGUUUCUGUAUAGGGCCCGCUGGACUUCCCUUUAUCAUGACGGGAGAACUUUUCAUGCAGUCACAUCGCCCGGCAGCUUACAUUGUAGGAGGAACGCUCAAUUGGCUUUCAAACUUUACAGUUGGUUUUGUAUUCCCUUUCCUACAGGAGUCGGCCGGAGCGUUUUCUUACUUGGUAUUUUGUGGGGUUUGUUUCUUUGUAGCAGUCUACGUUUACUUUGUUAUUCCGGAAACAAAGAAUAAAACCUUUUUGGAAAUUAAUGAAAUGUUUUCCUUAAGAAAACCAUUGACUAAGCCAAUAAUACCUAUAGAUGAUGUGAAACUCCGGAAACUUAAUGGCUAUGGUGCAUUAGAGAGCAGUUCAUUGGAAUUCUCCCUUCCAUGAAAAUUACCAAAAAAGACUCUAUUGAGAAGAAGAUUCACUGCCAGUGGUACAAUGGGGCUUAUGAAGAAGAAAUGUACUGAAUCCUUAUCAUUUCCAGUCCAGAGCCAAAGAACAAAUUGGGACAUCCAGUUCUCAACCUACUUGUGUAUAAUAAGUGUUAAAAGCAAUGAAAAAUAUUUCUUAAAUAAAUCUCAUAAU